UGGAUGUUGCAGGACCGCAAUAGAAAUAAUCCUUUAGACCUUUACCAUGUUUUAUCCCUGAUGAUUGUAGCUACAGUUGUGCAGAAAUUCUAGUAUUUUUACUCAUCAAACACAUUCAAUUAAUCACUGGUUGAUCAUUUACAGCUCCUGUUCAGUUACAGCAGUAACAGCAUCCACUGUAGGCAACUGUAAUUAGAUUAUAAUAGUCAUUAUAGUCCCUCAUUCUUCCAGGUAGGCUCUGGAUUUGAAUGUAAUCUGGGAUUUGGUGGCUCAGUGCUGAGUGGUGCAGAAACCCAGAAACUAGCCUGCAGCUACCUUAGAUACACCCCAAGCAAGAGAGUUUAUAUGUGUGAGAAAGAGACGAUUACUUGGGUAGUAGUUAUGUAAUCUUGGCCAUAACUGUCUGGUAAUUACAGGUGUGGCUGAAGGAUUAUUGUCUGCGAACUAGGAGACCAUUUUCAGACGUACACUGUUAUUUUCAAGGAUUGUGAUGGGUGUAAUGGCAAUAGCAUAACAGUUUGAAACCAGGGAGUAUCUCUGUCAGACACCGUGGAAGUGGUUUAAAGUGCCUUUGAGCAAGGCGGUGUCCAGCCUGCUUGUGUAUUAUGAGCUGAAACCUUCUUUACAGUCACAGUUUAUAGUUUUAAAAUUGGGAAACACAAUCAAAAGAAAAGUGGUUCAAAUUUAAUUAAAAGAAAGCCAACAAUCCCAUAAACACCCCACCGAAAUUGUCAGUCACACACACUACUCAGCCAGGCGUAUGCUCAUGUGAGGUAAGCUCCUCUCGUCACUCGAUCUUUAUUAAUACAGGAUUACAUUUAUUCUCAAUCCCAAACUCACACACACAGUCCACGGGCUCCUCACAAAAGUACACACCCUGUCUGCCAAGGACUGCCGAAGGUAGCAAGGCAGUCGGGUAGCUGUGUGCCACCAGCUGGAGUCUGAGGAGUUUUAUCCUUUUUGAAUGUCAACAAGCCCAUGGAGGCCUGCUCUUUAUCUGGCUGCUAACAGAGGCUUUACCAGACAACAGGUGGAUUUCUGUCUGACAACAACACACUGCAGCUUUUUGAAAACACAAUUUCAUGACGAUGUUUCCCUGGUCUGCUGUUUUCUCCCUCGAGCCCAAAGUGCCCGGUCAGCGUUCCUCUGAGGAGUUGGUGACCAACACUUUGAUGUUAGAACUGGGGGCCAUGGUGAAGCGCACUGAACGUAUCCGCUUGGAGCGGGCGACAGAGGGUCGCCGCCGCCGUCGCAGCUCCUCCUCCACAGCCGACUACAGCUGGCUGGCCACGGCCCCGACCCCGCAGCCCUACGAGCUGACCCCAAACGACCUGCUGGAGCUGCAGGACAUCUGUGCCAAAGUCCCUCCUGCACAGUGUGGUCCUGUGAUCGUCAGGUUCAGGAGGGUGGUGUCGCAGAUGGAGCCUGAUGUUCAAGAGGUACCCCGGCUGUUUCGCUCAGUGAUACGCGAUUGCAUGGACGAGUUGAUCGGGAGCGAAGACUCGCAGACGCAGGACAGCGUCUUCGAGAAGCAGCAGCGCAGCAAGAGCCUCUCUUUCGUCACUUUCCGCAGCAAGUUCCGCGCGGGUCAGUUCUUCAGGGCCGGCAGCAUGAGAGGCUCCAGGGGGAAUCUGGAGCAGCAGGUGGAUUGGUCCGACGAGGAGGAGGAGGACGGAGAAGGGGAGGAGGAGGAGGCCAUCAAGGCCAGAGCAAGGAAGGGGAGGAGCAUGAGCAUGCCGGAGAUCGGCCCUUUAGAGCAGAGCGCCCAUGGGUGAGAGAUUCAGGGGAGAGACAAUGCAGAGAGGACGGUAGAAGGGAGAGGACCUGGAGAGGAGUUCAGAUAGGGGGAGAAGAUGAGAGAUGGGUCAGCAUACUGUAAAUAUGGGGAGGACAGAAAAACUGGGAAUAUUGAGGAAGGAGAAAAGGUAGCAUUGAGUAAAAAAGGGGACAGAAUUGAUUUGAAAAAAGUCCACAACUUUCUCGUUUCAAAGGAGUAUAGAAAACCCAGGAAACCCGUCUAAUUGCUAACUUGAAGUCUUUAGUUCAUCCCAAAAACAUUGUUGUUUUGUUUUUAAGAUUCUGAAACAUGAGGUUUGCAUUUAAUUGUGCUGACAGGUAGGCUACAAACCUGUUAAAACAAGAGUCUACAGCCAUGCUAGAGGCUCUGUGAGGCUGUACUUAGGCACAUUGGUGAUUUGAGCUAAAUGCAAACAUCAGCAUGAUGAUGUUUAGCUAGUAUAAUGUUCACCAUCGUAGUUUAGCGUGUGCUAACAUUUGCUAAUUAGCACUAAACACAGAGUACAGCUGAGGCUGAUGAGAUUGUUAUUAGUUUUGCAGGUAUUUAGUCAUAUCAUAAAUCAAAUUAUUGGACAAAUUAAAUGUUUUACCCGAUGACGGCGUUAAAUGAAAUGUCGGAUGGAAGUGAUUACAAUUCAUCCUGAGGGGAACAUGAAUGUGUGCACAAGAUUUCAUGGAAAGCCAUCCAAUAUUUAUCAGGUGAUCUUGCUCAAAACCACAAAUGUCACUCCAGGAAAUGUGAGAGGAUCACUAAAGUCAUUAGGAUACAUCGUCUGGGGACCAUGAAUGUCUGUACAAAAUGUCAUGGCAAUCCAUCCUUUAGUUUUUGUGAUAUAUACAUAGACAUAGAGCCACGCCACUAGCAUGGCUAAAAACUAAAAUAUGCUGCAUGGGGUUUGGUUGAGUAAAAUCGUUUGCAUUGCUAGCCUUCACAUGCUUCGGGUAUCCUUAAAAACAAACAGCUCCUGAUGAAUCAUAUACUGUGAACAUGAACUGUCCCUUUAAAGACAUGUUAUGCAACAGACAGGACAGCUGUUUUCUGCAGUAGACGGGGGAAGUUCAGUUAAGGCCACUCAUCUGUAUAUUCGGCAGUCACAGUUUGAUAACCUGCUCGGUUAGCCGGUGCUCUCAUAGUGCACCCAUCAUGCAGGAAAUCUUCUUUUUUUUAUUGUAAAUAUGUAUUUGGGGAAAUAAAUAUACAUGUUCUCUUUACUUCUAUGCAGUUAAAAUAUAGUUUUCCCCACAAAGUUGUGUGUGUUUUUUUAGUUUAGAUACAGUUGUGUAACAUUUGAGACUGUGAUUUUUGCUCAUUUAUAUCUGUUAAAUGUACAUUUUUUAAAUCUAGUAGAAGCUUUUCUACAAAAGAUACAUGGACCUUUAUCACAUUAUUGUGGUUGAGAAGGCAAAAUAUGAAUAUGUAAAUAUGUCUGGGGCCUGUAAAUAAAUAUAAAUACAAUA